AUGUCAUUGGAACGCCACCGCACACGGCCAGGUACUUACGCCAGCUACAUCGUGGUACAGAACUACAAGAAGAAUGGCAAGCGGAUCCGUCCAUACGAGACCGUAAAGCCCAUCGCUGAGAAACUGCACUUGGACAUUGACCACUCAUGUGACCGCGAUGAUGCGGGCUGUGCAGCGGACAAGAUACACAAAGCGUCGAAGAAUGGUGCGAAGCGGAUUCUUGUGUGCUGGGAACACAAGAGGCUUAGCGACAUUGCCGACAAGCUUGGCGUAGACGGUCUUGAGUAUCCAUCAGACCGCUUCGACGUCAUCUUCCAGCUAUAUGACGGCAAGGUACAGCGCAUCUUUUCGGAAGAAUGUCCGAGCUUGGACGACAGGUAUUCUGGCUGGGUCGGAACAAAGGACUCGGGCUUGGUCGACAAGAGUAGCUGGGCAAAAGGCGCGGGAAAAGGUGCAUAA